AUGGUUCCAGGAAAAAGAUUUGACAGAUACCAUGAGCUAGGGCAACAUGCUUUCGGUGAAAAACUCGAGCUUUAUGUUGUAGUCCCUCAACAGCUUAUAGUGGAAGUAGGCACAUGCAUUGUCUACGUGGUGAAUGGAGGAAAAUCUCUACAGAAGUUUCAACAAUCAAUUUGCCUUGAUUGUAAACCUCUAAGAACAACUUACUUCAUCUUGAUUUUUGCCUCUGUUCACUUUGUACUUGCUCACCUCCCAAAUUUCAACUCCAUUAGUGGUGUCUCUUUAGCUGCUGCCAUCAUGUCAUUGAGUUAUUCAACUAUUGCUUGGGUGGCUUCAUGGAAAACGGGAGCUCAUGAUGACGUGGACUAUAGUGCAAGGUCAAAAACUCCUGUGGGACAAAUGUUUGGGAUGCUUAGUGCUUUGGGUGAUGUGGGUGGGACGACAGCUGGCAAUCGUUGGGGUGUUGUGAUGUCGAGAAACUCUGGAUACUCUGAACAGCUACUGAUAAAGAGUGAUGAUACGAUGAUUGAAUCAGAGGGAAAUGAAUGUGAAGCUUCAAGGCAUAUCAAAACUGAAAUUCUUGUUCAAAUGCAGGGUGUAGGACACAAUGAUGACAAAGUCCUAGUUCUCGCAGCCACAAAAACACCCUACAAGGGGGAUACGCCUAAUAACUUAACUGAUAGUGACUUUGAAGCUUUGGGUCGUAAAACCUUAUCAUAUUUUCAGUAUGCAACAUAG